ACUGCUCUCUGCGGCUCUUCACCGGGCGGUGCGGCGGGACCGGCUCGUCCUCUGCGGCUCGUGGCGCUCGUUCCGCCGCCGUCUCCCCAGCAGACAGGCCGCUGUCCCGGCAGGGAUGAGGAAGAGGACCAGCUCGCUGACCUCGGAGCGGGACUGUGAGCCGGAACUGAAGCCACGCAGCGGCGGUGCAGCGGCGGCGGAGCCGGAACAGGGAGGGCGGCAGGGCCCGGAGGAGCCCCGGAGCAUGAAGCCGCUCAGGAGGUGGGGGCUGCUGAGGAGGAUGAGGAGGGUCCUGCUGGGGCUGCUGCUGCUCUACCUGUCGGUGCCCUUCAUCAUCAAACUCUUCCCCUCCAUCCAGGCCAAACUCGUCUUCCUCAACUUUGUGAGAAUGCCCUAUUUCAUCGACCUCAAACGACCCUUGGACCAGGGGUUGAACCACACUUACAACUUCUACCUGGAACCUGAGAAAGGACUGAAGAUUGGAAUUUGGCACACCGUUCCUGCUGUGAUGUGGAGAGACGCUCAGGGGAAACAUGCAGAGUGGUACGACUCUACGUUUAGCUCCGCCCACCCAGUCAUCCUCUAUCUCCAUGGAAACGCAGGGACCAGAGGCGGAGACCACAGAGUGCAGCUCUACAAGGUCCUCAGUUACUUAGGAUACCACGUGGUCACAUUCGAUUACAGAGGCUGGGGAGACUCGGACGGCUCCCCGUCAGAAGGAGGGAUGACAUCAGACGCUCUCUUUAUCUACGAUUGGCUGAAACAGCGAACGCACAAGACGCUGCCGCUCUACAUCUGGGGACAUUCACUGGGAACCGGAGUUGCAACAAACCUGGUGAGACAGCUGUGUGACAGAGGAAGUCCUCCCAGCGCUCUGAUCCUGGAGUCUCCCUUCACCAACAUCCGAGAGGAAGCCCGGAGCCAUCCGUUCUCCAUGGUGUACAGGUAUCUUCCAGGAUUUGAUUGGUUCUUUCUGGAUUCCAUCACAGCAAACAACAUCCGGUUUGCUAGCGAUGAAAAUGUGAAUUACAUCUCCUGUCCUCUCCUGAUCCUGCACGCUGAAGAUGACACCGUGGUUCCCUUCCAUCUUGGGAAAAAGCUGUUUCAGGUAGCGUCCACUUCCAAGAGUCUCAGUGGACACAAAGUGUUGUUCGUUCCAUUUCCGGCUGCUCUGGCCUACAAACACAAGUUCAUUUACAGGAGCCCCGAGCUGCCACACAUCCUCAGUGAUUUCCUGGGCACGGCUCAUCCCCUCACUCCAUGACCAACGCUGUUUAUUCCUGAUGCACCGCAAACAAACAGCAAGCUGUUCCUUUUAAACCUGUUAGCAUUCCUCACACAGCCACACAGCUGGUUACCAUGGAGACAUCCACUCUGACAUCACAGCACACCAGGUUACCAUGGAGACAUCCACUCUGACAUCACAGCACACCAGGUUACCAUGGAGACAUCCACUCUGACAUCACAGCACACCAGGUUACCAUGGAGAUGUGGGUUACCAUAGAGACCGUCUUUACCUGACAGCUGAGUGAUGCGGAUGAUUUGAAUGUUUAGUUUGUUUUAUUUUUAAAGACGGUUGUGUUCUGAAAUAAAUUGUUCUGAUUUGAAAACCUAAACCUCAGUUU